AAAGCAAAUCCUUCAACUAAAACGUGCACUUUUGACCACGGCAGCCAAUAUUGAUGCUGACUGUAAUAUUUCCAAAUCAAAAUCUUUUAUAACUACAUAAACAUGAAAACCCACAAAUUUUCUUGAAAAAUUAACAAAGAAAAACAUUAUGGGCAAAUCUCAGUUUCUCCCUUUUAUUCUCAUGUUCUUCUAUUUAUUCAUUCAUUCUGCAAAUUCUUCGUGCCCCAUUGAUUUCAAUUAUGUUGAAACCUUCCCAUGGGACACGAGCCUUUGCCAUGAGCCUGUUCAAACCAGUUGCUGCCAAACUCUUCGCAGCGUCUUUGGCAUGGGACUUGCCCAAUACCUCAAAGAAAGCUCAAUGUUCUAUCUCCCAACCGAGAACUCUUCGUCUUCUUGCAUUGCCAACUUCCAAGAAAAGCUGUCUAAUAUAUUCAUGUCUCGGCCAUUUUUCAGUUCAUGCUUUAAUGAUACAAGUGAGUUUGUUAAUGGGCCUUCAAAUUGUGCUGGAAUUACAACUACACAAGAUUGGAUCGAAAAGGUUGGAUCAUCAAGUCUGCUGGAUUCAUCUUGUAAUGAAGACUUGACGGGAUUGACUCGUUGUAGUUUGUGUUUAGAUGCAGGAAUGCAAGUGACUUCAUUCCUAGUUUCAUUAGAUCGCAAUUCCUCCAAAUGCUUCUACUUCACUAUUUUCUAUGCUGCUGCUGUUGUCAAUGAUUUUGGGCCAGAAGAUCCAAGGACUGCUGCUUGUGUACUAGGCCUGCCCUUGGCUCCCUCAAUUAGUGACAAAAAAUCGAACCACUGGAGCCCGAAAACUGUACUGAAACUGGUUUUCGGGUUGGUGGGGGCUGUUGUAGGAAUUUUUGUUGUUUUUUUUGUAUUCAUGGUUUACAGAAAGUGGGAUAAACAAAAGAAACAGGAUGUAAUGCAUGAACAGUAUGUGAGUUCUGUAAAGUCAAGGAUUUUGCCCAAAACGUGCGCCAAAUGGUUUCAUAUAACUGAGCUAGAACAAGCCACAAAUGGAUUCUCCCAAAGCAAUAUGAUAGGACACGGUGGAUAUGGGAUUGUAUAUAAAGGAACACUUUCAGAUGGGACUGAAGUGGCCAUCAAGCUUAUUCUUGAUUUGGAUACAAAAGGGGACGACGAAUUUAUCAAUGAAGCACAGAUCAUAAGCAAGAUAAGACAUAGAAACCUUCUUUCUCUUAGGGGUUUUUGUGUCACGAGCAGUCAAUUCCAAGGCACAAGAAGAUACUUAGUAUAUGAUUUCAUGUCAAAUGGAAGCCUUGAUGAUCAUUUAUUCAAGGACAAGACUCAAUUGUCCUGGCCUCAGCGCAAGAACAUAAUUCUUGAAGUGGCGAAAGGGCUUGCUUACUUGCAUUAUGGAAUCAAACCAGCAAUUUAUCAUCGUGAUAUAAAGGCUACAAACAUACUUCUAGAUGAUGACAUGAAAGCAAGAGUGGCAGAUUUCGGAUUGGCUAAGCAAAGUACAGAAGACCAGUCUCAUCUAACCACAAGGGUAGCUGGAACAUAUGGAUAUUUGGCACCGGAAUAUGCUCUCUGUGGACAAUUGACAGAGAAGAGUGACGCUUAUAGCUUUGGCAUAGUGAUUUUAGAGAUUAUGAGCGGAAGAAGGGUGCUUGAUGCAACAGAAUCUUCAAGACUUCUAAUAACGGAUUGGGUGUGGGAUUUUAUGAAAUCAGGAAAAAUUGAAGAGAUUUUCCACAAGUCGAUAAGAAGAGAAGGACCAAAGGGAGUAAUGGAGAGAUUUGUUCGUGUUGGCAUUCUCUGUGCUCAUGUGAUGGUAGCCCUUAGACCUACCGUUGCUGAUGCUCUAAAGAUGCUCGAGGGAGAUAUCGAUAUCCCACGAUUACCUGACCGGCCAUUGCCUCUCAGCCACGAGUCGUUUCGAUCUGCAAUACCAAACAAUGCGACUUGGUCUUCAUCACAGUACAGUGUAUUCAACAGUUUGACAUCGGGAGCAAAGUCAAGCAUUAGCAGUAAUGAAAAUCAGAUACAGCAGAAAUUUUAAAGUGUAAGGAUCUUGCAGUCAGAAAAUGCAACUUGCCUAAAAUAAACUGGUAUUACCAAAUCAAACUUUUUGACUCUUACUUUUUCUGAUAAUCUGUUGAUUAUAAGUAGCAAUAUAUAACAAAUAAGUGUUAUUCCUAGUAAAUUUGGGUUCAGCUAGAUGUGUCUGUUCGCAAAAUAUUUCUUUCGAUUUAAAUUACCGCAAGUGUACGGGUCGUGACAAGUAAUAA